AUGAUUAUUUGUGCCAUACUUAUUAAUCGGAAUCUUCGUCUUAAACGUCAACGUCAUCGUCAACUAGAUGUCAAUAACCAAGUCAGCAAUGAACAGAAUCAACGAAAACGUGAUCAACAAGCUUUCGUGAUGCUUUUACUUCACGCAAUUGUCUUUCUUGCUACUCAAACAUCUUGGAUGGUUGUAUAUUUUUAUACUGUUGCAACAGGUCGUUUAGCAAUCGAACAAUUCAUUAGUUCUUCGACUGACAGGAGAUUACUUUUAUUUCUUGCUAUAUUAUUUUAUUUAUAUAUAUUAACAUCACGUUAG